UUUUAUGGAAAUCUCUAAAAUUUAGUUGUAGAGGAAGAAUUCUGCUUUAUUAAAUGCCAAUGCAUUUCAUGCAGGGGUAAAUGAAAAAUAAUUUGCCAAUAGGGGUUUGAUUUACUGAGAUAACAAGUAGCAUGAUAUUUAGGUUAUCCACACCGGUCACUUUGUUAGGUACACCUGUUUUGCUACUUGUUAAGGCAAAUAUAGUUAGGUGGCAUGGUCGCUGGUGCCAAGACGAGCUCGUAUGAGUAUUUCAGAAACUGACUUCUGGGACUUUCCCAACCAUCAACCAUCUGUAGAAAAAAAAACACUCCAGGGAGAAUGGUCACACUACAUAAGGAACACUGGUUACAACCAAGGUGAGCAGAAUAGGCAGAUGGGCUACAGCAGCAGAAACCCACAGUGUGUGCCACUCCUGUCGGCUAAGAACAGGAAACUCACGCUACAAUUCAUACAGGCUCACCAAAAUUGGCAUGAAAGUUAGCAGAACGUUUCCAGAUCUCACAAGUCUUGAUUUUUGCUGCAAUGUUGAGAUACUCCAUCCCUUUAUGACCAAAGAUUGCCCAUCUUUUGAUGACUGCUUCCAGCAGGAUAACUCACCAUGUCAUAUAGCUCAGAUCUUGUCAGACUAGUUUCUUGAACAUGUCAAUAAUUUCACUGAACUCAAAUGGCCUCCACAGUUGCCAGAUCUUAGUAGAGCAACUUGUGGAUGUGGUGAUAUAGGAGAUAUGCACGUGAAGCUGACAAAUCUGCAGCAACUGUGGUGCACCAGGGUGUUUCCAGCACCUUUUUGAAUUUGUGCCAUGAAGAAUUAAGGUCGUUCUGAAGGCAAGAAAGAGGUAGAAUCUGGUAUUACAGAGGUAUACCUAACUAAACGGCCUGUAAGUGUUUCUGGGGGGGGGGUUGUUUCUUUGUUUUGUUUUGUUUUUGUUUUGUUUUUUUUACAAAUUUAACAAAUCUAAAAUCUCAUUAUAUAAUAUUGUCAUUAUUGUCUGGAUUUCUAGCAUGUACAUCUAAUCACAUUAAAAUACCACAAUCCCAGUGGCUGAGCUUUCAUUUAUAAAAAAAAGAAAACAAGCAAACUACCUAAAAACCAGAUGCACAACACUAUAUUUUACUUUACUUUAUUUUACUGUGUAUUGCUUGUAGUUUUGUAUUCAUGGUGUAUUAUGGUUUUCUGUAACUGAAUGUUGUAAUUUUUGUUUUUGCAUCGUGAAUGAAGAAGCCCAACAAGGGACAAGGGUUGGAAUUUAGCAAUAGCUAUAAACUCUGUUUGCACCACAUCAGAUUCAUGCUCCAUAUCAGAACUAUGUUAAACUGCAUUGUCCCUACUAAAUAAAUACAUUAAAAUUAUGUCUACAGGGCUUAAAGAUGGGUGUGGCUUUCAAAUACAUUACACAAGAGGCUGCUUUGUUUAACAGCACUGAACAAAGUAUGGGUAUCACUGAGUUUAAUGCAAUCUGUGGCAGAAAAAAAUCAAAAUACAACAAAAACGAUUUAAUGCGCAGCUGCAGUGUCAGCACUUUCAUGUGGCCUGUUAUCCUCUGAAGUCAAUCAUUACACCAAAGGUACACAACUCCAGCCAGUGUCUGGCCAGAUUGUUGCCACACUGCCUAACCUCUGAGCUGGAGUCCAAACGCAGCAGGCUUCCACAGGAAUACACCAGCUUCAUAUGACAUUUGCAACCUUCUCGGGUAGGCAGCCUCAUGAAUCUUCUGAAACACAAACCUAAAUGCAUUUAUUCAUCAGACUUGACCAUAAACAAGACUUACAAGAAGUGUGAUGACUGAACAACACAAAACAAGCUCUUAAAAAAGGACAUUUCUGCUCAGAUCCACUGAAUUAUCAAUGGCCCGUGUUCUUUCCUUGUUCCGGUCUCAGCCUUUUCUGCGUCUUGUGGCGAGGAGAAAACCCACGUUCUGCAAAAUGUCAAUGGACACGCGGGCACGUGAAGUGUUUGCAGCUGCAGUGGAAGCCGUGCAGCCAGAUACUGUGGUCUGUCAAAGUAUUGAUCGCAAGGAGGACUCUGUUGUUAUUGAUGGUCGCACAUUCGCGCUCAAACACAACCUGCACUUGGUGGGCUUUGGAAAAGCUGUGCUGGGAAUGGCUGCUGAGGCAGAGAGGAUUGUGGGUGAUCAUUUAGUGAAAGGAGUCAUAAGCGUGCCACAUGGGAUUCAGCAAACAUUACAGCAGCACGGGAAAGACCAUCUGCUGCUAAAAGAAAACAGCCGCAUCAAAGUAAUAGAGGGAGCUAAACACAACUUACCUGAUGCUGAUGCUCAGAAGGCAGCUGAGGAGAUCAAGCAUUUAGCCAGUGAGCUGACAGAGAAACACUUGCUUCUUGUACUGAUUUCAGGUGGGGGCUCUGCAUUGCUACCUGCACCCAUCCCACCAAUCACCUUGCAAGAAAAGCUAGAUGUUACCCGCAGACUUGCAGGUGCUGGUGCCACUAUUCAGGAGCUGAACACCAUACGUCGUGCCCUUUCGUUGUUAAAGGGUGGAGGGCUUGCACAUCAUGCUCACCCUGCACAGGUUGUUGCACUGAUACUAUCUGAUGUGAUUGGGGAUCCUCUUGACUUGAUAGCUAGUGGCCCCACAGUGAUGAGUCGGGUGUGGCCUGAGGAAGUUUUGUCAAUCCUUGAGCGUUACAAGCUGUUAAACUUGCUUCCGACAUCAGUAAAGAAAGUCCUUGACAAACCGAAUUCUAGGUGGAAAGAGAAUAAGGAGGAAUCUGAUACAUCGGGACAUGUUCUCAAUGCUGUGAUUGGCUCCAACGGUGUUGCCCUGAAACGCGCUGGUCUCCGUGCUCGAGAGCUGGGCUUCCUCCCUGUAGUCCUUUCGCCAAGUGUGUGUGGAGAUGUGCGGUCUGUGUCUAGACUCUACGGCCUGCUGGCCCGCUUUGCCUGUUCUCGAGAGGAACCUCCUCCUGAUAUCGCCACUGAGGUGCUGAAGCUGGGCCCUGAAGUUGGUGUGGAGAGCUGGGACCUCUGCCGUACAAUGCAGGUUUUGGAAGAAGGGCGUACAGAGGGAUGGGGUGCCACAUGUCUGUUAGCUGGAGGCGAACCCACUGUGGAGCUAACAGGCAAAGGCCGAGGUGGUCGGAACCAGGAGCUGGCUAUGCGAGUGGGGCUGGAACUGAGAAGCCUAGGGCUUCCGCCUAAAGGGCCAGUCUUUCUUAGUGGGGGCACUGAUGGUCAGGAUGGACCCACUGAGGCAGCAGGGGCGAUUACUGAUGGCGGUUUGUACGAUGAAGCGAAAGCUCAGGGCCUGGACAUCGACAACUUCCUUAUCAACAAUGAUUCUUACACGUUUUUUUCUCGUCUUUCUGGUGGGCAGCGUUUACUCGUACCCGGCCUAACUUGCACGAAUGUAAUGGAUGUGCACAUGCUACUGAUUCCAGCUAUUCCUAUUAACAUUAGAUAAUCCCAAAACACAAAAAAUUAAAGGAAACUGAACCUGUUUUUUUUAACUCUAUGCAGACAUUUUUGCACCAUAUUUAUGAAUCUAAAUGAAGGAUUGUUGGUAUUGGUAAAUAAAGAUGUAAUUGAAAACACACACACACACACACACAUAUAUAUGUAAAAGUAUUACAACGCAAACAGUAAAUGAAGAAGUGUGAGAGUGGGGGUUAGCCCUGUCGUCUCACAACAAAAAAAGUUGCUGCGUUUCUUUAUGGAGUCUGUAAGUUCUACCAGUGUCUUCUUGAGUUCUCUGUGGGUACUCCAGCUCCCUCCCACAUCUUACAAGGACUGAGUACAUAAUUUACAUUUCUGGAAAUACACACUGCCAUUGUAAUAGUAAUAAAAACACUUGUACAGUUUAAAAAUCUCCACCAUCCUUUAGUGGUUUUAAUUAGAUGUUUUGGAUGUUUUGUUACAGUUGUUCUAUUUUUUUUCUUUAGUUUUUUUGUUGUUGUUUUUAAUUUAUUAUAGUUUCCUGAGUGGUUUUAUUCAUUUUAGUUACAGUUUGAAUACGUUUAGUUUUGACCAGUUUCAGUAUUAGUUUUAAGUCAUUUUGUAAUCAUUAAGGCAUGAUUUAGUAAUGGUAUUAAAAUAAAAACAAUAACUUUUUGACUUAACUCAAAGUCUUUUACACGUCCUAAUAUGUUCAUCAAAGCCUCAUCAGGCAAGUUGUGGUAAAAACAUUUUAUUGUAAUAACUAAAGUAAUUAAUUUUAAAACCAAAGAUAUUUCCUGUAGAUUUUAAAUUUAUUUCAGUUUUUUUUCCAGGUUCCAAAAAUUGUGUCGGUUUAUUUUUUUCUCCAAAAAUCUAGUUUGUAUUUUUAUUUUAAUUAACUAAAAAAAAUAAAAUAACACCCAGCUCUAGUUUUUAGUUUGUAAUAACCUUGAUUUUGACCCAUUAACUUACAAAUAUUAUCAUAAUGAAACAAACUGACAUAAUCAGUGCAAACUAGGUAUUUUCACUGUCCUCAAACAGAGGCACUAGUGGUGAGUUGACAUGUUGUACUGGCACCUUUGGCUUUUUCUUGCAAAAGGCAGCUUGCUUUACACAUUGUGCCAUUAAGCUUCGUGGUAGGCUACUGGGGUUCUGUUGACAUAUAGCGUAGUUCAGAUACGGUAUUCUUCCCCCUUGGUAACUACUGCACAUACGAGAAAAGAUUACACAUCACGUUGUCGUUACGAUCAACAAUCUCAGUGACAAUUAAAAGUCCUUUAUUGUAUACUUCUGCUAAUCUUUCCAGAGGUAAACAGAAUAACUUAAAAAGUGGCCUUGGUGAAAAAUGUAUUGUUUCAAUACCCCUCAAGUUUUUGUGCUUUAUUUUAAAAUGUUUUGACUGUUUGUCAAAAUAUUACUUAAUGUAGAUUUCAAAUGAACUAAAUGUGCUUAUGAACUAAUUUAGGUUUUGCUAUAAAUUUGUUCUUUAUUUUUUAAUGAUUAUUUUACAUGCAUAUUGUUUGAGGAGAACAGUAUGUAUGUAAACAGUAAAAUGAAUAAGUUAUAGGGUGGUGGAUACUCCUAAAACU